AUGGACCACAACCGACCUCCUUCCCGCGCUUUUGGAGCGCGUCCGAAUCGCCGUGCUUCUACUCAUCUGACAAUCGACGAACAAGGCCGAAAACCACUGUUCUCUAAGCCGUCGAGAGAGAAUCUCGAACCCCCCAGUCCUGCGCAGACGAUACCGGGAACCAACCGUUUUGGCUAUUCGCCUACGAACAACAACAACAACACCAGCUUGAAUGCUAACCCGACUGGCCGCCCACCCUCACGAGCUGCUAUUCCCCGGCCAUCGAGCUCUGCCUCGCAGACGCCCUCAAUCAACUCCAACCAUUCAGCCGAUAUUAUCUCUCCUGGCUCUCGUAUACCAAGACCCAAGUCGAUGAUUGGGAUAUUCCCCAAAGGCACGGGCGCCUCUGUCGCCGAGGCUUGGAAGUUGGCGGACGAGAACCGGGUGCGGACUCUUGAAAGACCGCGAAGAGUGUCCCCCGCCAUCGACGCGUCACCUAGCCCUGCCCCGCGGCCCUACAUCAGCCGACAAACCCAGGAUGAUGCCAAAACACAACGAAGGCUGGGCAAAGAGGCAGUUGACUACUCCCGAGCCAGGCCUCUUUCGAGAUUGUCGAGCGACUCUUUGCGCGACAGCUAUGUUGCCCGGUAUGGAACUAGUCCUGGGUCGCAAACCAGCCUCUCGAGCUCCGGAAGCUUCGACCGUCGAAUCAGGGAAUACGAACGCCAGAUGAGUCAAUCGCCGAGCGCCUCACGGGAGCCAGACAACCUCUUUGGCAAAAUCAGGACGGGGCCCAAGAUCGCCGAGACUGGUCACGCUUUGGCGCGACGCACGAGCAACAGCAGCCUCAACGGAGCCCAGGGCCUGGGUCGAAGGGCGAGCAACAGCAGCUUGAAUGGCAGUCAGAACUUGGGUAGGAGAACAAGUUAUGGUGGUUCAAGCAACAGCCCCCGUCACGGAGCUUUCGCAAAGAGCCACGUCCCUGAAGGCAGAAUCAAGGAACUGUUGCAGCAGGAUGAAAUGGGUAUCAAGCGAUCCGUCAGCACCAAGAUGAGCCAACAAAGCUCGCCCGACGAGCCACUCCCCUCCAUCGAGACUUCUCGCCUCCCACAGGAACCUACCCCACCAACAUCGCGGCCGACUUCUACGAACCCCGAAAUGUUUUCACCUGAGAAGAGCUACGCCUGGCAGCUGGACGCAGAUUUCACGGCAGAAGACUUGCAGGUAUCGGACAGUCCGCGCAUAACAAUGGGCGGUACGGCGUAUGGCACAGUUCCGAAUGGACGAAAUCCCGCCACAAGUGCAUACGAUGCUCCUGAGGCGAACGGACCAUCUAGGCGAGACUCAUCAAUGGGCAUCACUCCCAGAGUAGGGCGGUCGAACAAUAAGAUUGAUGAGAUUCGCCAGCGGGAAGAACUAGCCAAUGCUGAGCUUGCGGAGCAGCAAAAACGGCAGCUACGAACUAGGAACACGAGGCUGCAAGAAAUUGGCAAGCGAGAAGCCGAGGUUGAAGACGAGAUGGCCAAACAGUCGAGGGCGCAGCUGCGUUCAUACUACCCGACGCCCGAAGACCUUCCGAUUAGCGAAGAUCCGGAGGAGCGCCCUCGGCCGAAGAAUACGAAGCUUGACUACAUCCGCACACGAGAGGCUGAGUCCUUGUCAAAGAAGGCCAUGGCCUCCAGCCGACUGGAGGAAAUCCGGGAGCAGAAUUCCAUCUCAAGGUCCAUGUCUCCAGAGGCUCGGCGUAGCGGUGACUUCAGCAGGGACCCGGCGCCUGCCCGCGAGACAGUCAGAGAAGACGGAUCAACGGGCGGGGAUGGCGAGCAUAUACCCAACACCCCCGUCACUGUUUACCACAGCUACAUGGCCUCCAAUGAUCGCAAUCCACAUGUCACGUCGCCCAAAGAGACUCGCAAAGACCUGUCAAGCCCCAAGUCUGCGAGGCCUCAGGUGGCACACACGAGGACAGACUCUAGGGACUUGCUUCAGAGACUUGCGAGAGCUGCUAGCAGCAGCCCUGCUCCCGAGGCUCAAGGUCAGCCCGAAGUCGCGGGUGAGGCGAAGAAGUUUAAUAAUGGCAACAACGAGAAAACGGAGAAGCGUGACGAAGACAACAUCAGUCGACGUGACCACGCGGAACUUCAAAGCCACCGUCCACUAGAGAGAUUCGAAGACAAGGUUAGUCGACGUGACUACGCCAGUCUUCAGAGCAACCAACAGGUCGACUCCGAGGACAAGAUUAAGAACAUAAUGGCUCCACCGGAGCCUCAAGAAACAGUAGAAGAGCCCGUUAAGGAGGCCCCAUUACGGCGACGCAGAAGUGAGCGCAGAAGUGAGCCCGAACGGCCGGUUCCCGAACCGGUACCGAAGGCCAGCCCACCGCGACCCAGCCUCAAAGAACAAGCUAAAGCUCCCGAAUCGGCUCUUGUUGAGAAGGCAGACGAUCCACCACCUCGUCCUACGGAUGAACCGAAGCCACCAGAAGAAGAGCGGCCGAAAUCUGCCGGAGGAUUUGCUGGACGGCGACGAGAACGCCGUCAACGCUCAACUGACUCUGCUAAGGACGGUCGAAAGAGCAUGGCUUCUUCGGACGGUGAUCCUACCGACCGCAUCGAACAAGAAAUGAAACUUUUUGCGCCUGUCGAUAACCAGUCUGAACGAGGAUCGGUGAGAGCCACAUCUGUGGAACCCUCCAUCAAGGAUGAGGAUAAGAACCUCUUCGCCGAUGAAACCCCCCGACCUGUCAAGGUCGAUCCGUUGUCCCUGCCCACCCCCAGAGUAACUGGCGCCUACGUUGAGACGCCUGCGACGACCCGAGUUGAACACGUCCAAGAAGACAUCAAGCCCUUGGCCAAGCCCGAGACGACAUCGACGGAAAGCGACAGCAGGCCACCGACUCGUCGAGGCUCGCGCCCUUCGUCCAGGGCAGGCUCUUUUUUCAAAGCAAGCGAAGCAGGUCCCGAAGCAAGCGGUGACAGAGAGCAAUGGCCACACUCCACGGGGGCAGCUACAACCUCUACACUGCGACGUCGCACUAGGUCAACUUCGCGGCCACGCCCUCCUCUGACCAACUCGGUUAAGCCGCCCACUGUCAAAGAUGAUAUUCUUGAGCUUCAGCGUAGACACCAGAUCGAAGACUCGACUCUCGACGACUUCGAAGAAAUGUUCAACUUACAAACACUUCGAAGCACAACUUCCCCUGAGAUCGAGUCUAUGCUUGACGAGAUCUCGAUGAAGAUAGAGGAAGUCGCGGCGAAGCCAAACCUCACAAAGACGGAACGAGACCAAGAACUGGAGCAAUAUGACAGGAUGAGCAAGACGUUGAAAGAUGGACUUCUCAGCAUCCGCACAGCCAAACAGGGCAUCGAGCGGCUGGAGGGCCAGGUAUCCCAUGCCGAGGGCAAACAAGGCGACAGAGCGACGGUUGGGGAGGGCUCAGAGGAGCAGCAAUCAGAAAAACCGUCGCAUCAUCGUCACCACCCAGAUCACGCUCGCGACUGCCCAGAUUGUGUCGGAGCAACUCCUGUCAAAGAGGUCUCGUACCUUCACCUUCCUGUGCCGAGCCUCUACAGGCGCAAGCCUUUCCGGUUGACUUUCGUCGGCCUAGUUUUCCUUAUCGUCUCACUAUGGUACGCUGCCGAGUCGGCCAUGUGCGAGUUUUACUGCCGACCUGCUACCUGCUCUUCAACACCGUGUGUGUGGUCCUCCACAGACCCGACCUGGGGUGUUGCCAUCCCGGUGAAACUCGACGAGUGGGCAACAAACGGGUGGGGCCGCCAUGUCGCCAACCAGUUCUCUGAAGAGGCCUCAGAUCUUUGGGCAGACGCUGUAGACUUUGUCACCGGCACCGAUAUUACCACUGUCGAUAUCAACACCCUCGGCUUCUACGAAAAGCGGCAACACCGCCGCCGCCUCCGCAAGAGGGGACUGUUGAAGCCGCUCAUGGAGUCGUCAGAGGACAGGGCCAAAUGGGAUGCUUGGCACGCCGCGCGCGUAGCCAGCGAGAGAGUAGAGCAUGCAAGGGAGAUGGGGUAUGAUAUCAGCGAGGCAGAAGAGAGCUUUGGAGACGAUGAGAUGCUGUGA